ACCAGCAUCUCCGUCAACACUCGAGGAAUUCGCGUUUAUUCGGUGCUGGAGCGAGGUGGACGUUCCAGUGAGGCACUUCAACAGAUAAAGUCCAGAUGUGUGACGGACUUCAUCACUUGGCGACAUCAGGGAGGCUAAAUGUGAGGGAACACCCACCGAAAGAUCUCCAGAGACCAACCUUCUUCUCCCAGCCGGAAAAGACUUCGGCAGUCAGGGCAUCUCCGUAAGGGGCCGCGUCCCGAUCCGUCUCCUCCCCUCACCCCCUUCGGCGAGGCUCGGCGGCCGGACAGAGAAUGAGCGAGCUCGGCGCGCUCUGAGGAGAGAGAGAGAUGCGGCCGUGGACGGGCUCGUGGCGCUGGAUCACGCUGGUGCUGCUGGCAUGGGGCACCCUGCUGUUCUACAUCGGCGGGCACCUGGUGCGAGACAGCGAGCAGCCGGAGCGUUCCAGCCGCGAGCUCUCCAAAAUCCUGGCUAAGCUCGAACGGCUCAAGCAGCAGAACGAGGAGCUGCGGCGGAUGGCCGAGACGCUCAGGUUGCCGGAGGGUCAGGCGGACGUCGGCGCCGGAGCGGCAGGGAAGCUGCGCCGCCUGGAAGAGCAGCUAGUCCGAGCCAAGGAGCAGAUCAACUCGUACCGAAGCCUGCCCGGUGAUGGCCCUGGAAGGAACCAGGAGGAACUCCGGAGGAAGAUUGAGAAUGGGGUGCGGGAGCUGUGGUACUUUGUGCGCAGUGAGGUGAAGAAAUUGGGUCACGUGGAGACCGUAGAGCUGCAAAAACACAUCGACGUGCUGCUGCAGGACCUGGGCCACCAGGAAAGGUCCAUCAUGACAGAUUUGUACCAUCUGAGCCAGGCAGACGGAGCUGGAGACUGGAGAGAGAAAGAGGCCAACGACCUCACGAACCUGGUACAAAACAGGAUCACUUAUCUCCAGAACCCGCCAGACUGCAGCAAGGCCCGGAAGCUGGUGUGCAACAUCAAUAAGGGCUGCGGUUACGGAUGCCAGCUGCAUCACGUGGUCUACUGCUUCAUGAUCGCCUACGGCACCCAGCGCACGCUCAUCCUGGAAUCGCAGAACUGGCGCUACGCCACCGGCGGCUGGGAGACGGUGUUCAAACCCGUCAGCGAGACCUGCACCGACCGGACCGGGGCCUCCACCGGACACUGGUCAGGCGAAGCUAACGACAAGGACGUGCAAGUGAUCGAGCUGCCCAUCGUAGACAGCCUGCACCCGCGUCCUCCCUACCUGCCGCUGGCCAUCCCCGAGGAUCUGUCCGAGCGCCUGCAGCGUCUGCACGGAGACCCCUCCGUCUGGUGGGUCUCCCAGUUCGUCAAGUACCUGGUGCGACCGCAGGCCUGGCUGGAGAAGGAGAUGCAGGAGGCCACCAGCAGGCUGGGCUUCAAACAUCCCAUCAUAGGAGUGCACGUGCGCCGGACGGAUAAGGUGGGCACCGAGGCGGCGUUCCACCCCAUAGAGGAGUACAUGCAGCACGUGGAGGACCAGUUCCAGAUCCUGGCACGCCGCACGCACGUGGACAAGAAGCGCGUCUACCUGGCCACCGAUGACCCCUCGCUGCUGCAGGAGGCCAAGUCCAAGUACCCCGAUUACGAGUUCAUCAGCGAUAACUCCAUCUCCUGGUCGGCCGGUCUGCACAACCGCUACACCGAGAACUCGCUAAGAGGAGUCAUCCUCGACAUCCAUUUCCUGUCCCGGACCAACUACCUGGUCUGCACCUUCUCCUCGCAGGUGUGCCGCGUGGCCUACGAGAUCAUGCAGACCCUGCACCCGGACGCCUCCUCCUACUUCCACUCGCUGGACGACAUCUACUACUUCGGCGGCCAGAACGCGCACAACCAGGUGGCCAUCUACGCCCACCGUCCGCGAGGCCAGGGAGAGAUCGCGCUGGAGCCCGGGGACGUCGUGGGCGUGGCCGGGAACCACUGGGACGGCUACUCCAAAGGCAUGAACCGCAAGAGCGGCCAGACGGGGCUGUAUCCGUCGUACAAGGUGAAGGAGAAGAUCGAGACCGUGAAGUAUCCAACGUACCAGGAGGCCGACAAGCUGCUCAACAAGGAGUAGAGAGGACGACCCGGCGAGAGGCGAGAAGGACGCCUGGACCUCCUGGAUUGAAAUGCACUUUGUGUGUGUGUGUGUGUGUGUGUGUGUGUUAAUGUGUGUGCAUUGUGUGUGUCUGGAAAGGGGGCAUUAUUUACAGGGUCUGGCAACCUAACCCUGGCACUUGAACAUAACGCGGCUCGCAGGAGAGACCCGACAAGCUAAAUACGGACAGGAGCAAACAGGAACUGCAGGUACCUCCCUAUGGAAAGUCCGACUGAACUUUUUCAAAAGGGGAAUUGAACAAAGAACCUUUUGUUUUAUUUAAGAUUUAAAAAAUGGAAAAAAAGGAAACACUCCAGACUGCCUCUCAAACUUGAACUCCCGACUCGAACUCACGCGCUUUUACUUCUGUACGUAUCCUUUAAGUAGCCUCGCACUCCAGUCCUCAUUUUUUACGCUCUGAAUACGGACGUGCCACGUGUGUGGCGCACGGGCACACUCCACCACCCGCUUCUUCGCUUUUACUCCCUCUACCUGCCGUCCAUGCUUAAAAAACCAUGCCUUUUUUUAACGUGCUAUGUCACAUGACAUUGUGUGUGUGUGUGUGUGUGUGUGUGUGUAUGUUUCUCUGUGUGUGUGUGUGUGUGCGUGUGUGUCGAGUGCCCCUAGAAGAACAGCCGACGUCUCUCAAGGUUGCGCAACCAUCACUCCUCCACCACUCCAAGGCCUUACGCUGCUCCGUAUUGGCGAUUCCACAACUUGUGUUUUUAACGGACGCUUCAACGUUCGAUGUACAUUCUCGGGGUUAAAACGGGGGGUGGGGGGAGGGGGUGGGAUGAGUCAAUAAUUCUGAAAUAAAUCUGAGCAUUAUGAUACUAAUAUUACGGCAACAUUAAGGACGGUGCUGACGAUGGAGUAUUAAUUUAACGCCGUUACUCUGUGGAAGAAUCUCACUUUUUAUGUUCACGCGGGCAUUGCCUUUAGGAAGCAGAUCGAAUAAACCUGAUCGGCUCUCAUGAA